GCUCGUACGCCGUGCGUUGGUAUUACGGUUACGUGUUACGCAAGAAGACCUCUUGCUGCGGAGAAGCCGCGUUGGUCCAGCGAAAACUUAGAACGACCGCGUCUAGCACAAGCCGGUGUUUGUUGAAAUCUAGCUUAUGUGUGAACUGUCCUACAUACGGGCUUGCACAAGUCGUGCGGCGGUUGUCAAAUGUUGGAGUAAGCUGUGAUUUUUAGGGCUACACAUGACAGUUGUCUUAUGUUCGAUUAACUUUGGAGUGCCGCUGCACAAUCGACUGGUGUCAAAGCGCUGAUGCGGCGGCGGCCGGCGGCUGGCCUGUUCUGAGGAGUGGAGCCGCCGCGGUAUCCUGCCGCCAUGGCCUCGGUCACGCUGGAGGAGUACGAGCUGCGCGCCGACUCGAAGUACCGCCAGUACAUCGCGGCGGUCGACAAGGCGCUCAAGAGUUUCGAGUACACCAGCGAGUGGGCGGAUCUCAUUUCGGCCCUGGGAAAGCUCAACAAGGUGCUGGUCUCCAACAUCAAGUACCCGGUGAUCCCGAGCCGCAUCGUCAUCAGUAAGCGGCUGGCGCAGUGCAUGCAUCCGGCGCUGCCCAGCGGCGUCCAUCUGAAGGCGCUCGAGUGCUACGACAUCAUGUUCAAGUGCAUGGGCACCAACCGGCUCAGCCAGGAGCUCUUCAUCUACAGCGCCGGUCUGUUCCCGCUGUUCGGACACGCCGCCAUGAACGUACGGCCCGCUCUGCUCACCAUCUACGAGACGCAUUUCGUGCCGCUGGGCCGCCGCCUGCGGCCCGGCCUGCGCGGCUUCCUCAGCGGUAUCCUGCCCGGCCUGGACGAGGGCUCCGACUACUUCGACAGGACGGCGGCGCUGAUACAGCGGGUGGCCGAGGGCGCUGAAACGGACUUCUUCUUCGGCUGCCUCUGGGACUGCGUGCUCUGCAACCCGGCCAUUCGCCUGCCGGCCAUCAGCUUCACACUCAUGAAGUUCAACAAGAAGCUUAGCAUGGAGGACCAGCUGUUCAUCAUGGGCACCGACCUGGACGUCACCGUGGGGGCGCUGUGCGCAGCCGUCCAGGACUCGAGCGUGCUGGUGCAGCGGUUCACGCUCGACCUGCUGCUGGCCGCCUUCCCGAUGCACAACAGUCAGCUGAUCCGCUCCGAUCUGGUGCGGCUGGUGACGGCGGCCGUGGCCGUCCUGCUGCGCCGGGACAUGUCACUCAACAGGCGCCUGUACUCGUGGCUGCUCGGCUCCGAGGUGGACGUCAGCGUGCUGCCCUCGGAGAACCCGGUGGUGAAGCGCACCGAGAGCGUCACCUCGGCCGCGUCCGGCGAGCAGGGCACCGCCUACUUCGACGCCUACUCCCGGCCGCUGGCCAUCGAUGCCAUCACGAACUGCCUGUGGACCAGCUCUGUGUCGGCCAGCCCGGACGUUCGGCCGUACCGGCUCAUUAUAUCGCUGCUGGACAAAGCCGAGAUCGGGCCGCCCCUCCUCGACUACGUCAUGAUCGAAGUGCUCAGGGCGCUGUACCACAAUUACCAGUCGGCGGGCUCAGCGGCCUCGCCGUCGACGCGCCGCCCGGCCGACUCCAGCUCCCGCUCGAGCCAGAGCAGCGACGGCAACAAGCAGCAGCAGGACCUGGUCAAGACGGCUAACCUGCUGUUCGGCGCCCUUGAACCCCACUACGUCUGGGACUACAUGAAGGUCAAGUACGGAGAGGCCUGCCGCCGAGUACGUUCUGCCCACGAUGACGUCGACGCGCCGGCGGCCGACGGCGGGCCGGUGCUGGCCGUCGGCGGCGGCGACCCGGACGUGGCCGAGUGCUGCGCGCUCAUCGUCUUCCUGCUGGACGUCAUCUCGACGGAGACGAGUGUCGAGGUGCAGACGGAGCACCUGCCGGACCUUGUCUGCUGCGUGCUGCAGAGUCUCAGCGUGACGCUGACGGAGGCGGUGGGCGCGCUGCGGCCGGCCGACCUCACGUGCUCGCUCGACAUCUGCCGCACCGUGCUGGACAAGGUGCAGCCGGGCCUGCUGGUGGUGCUCUCCUCGUUCCCGGCGCUGGACGAGCCGGACGAGCCGCCGCCGUCGCCCGCACACAGUGGGCUGCCGGUGACUGGGUACCGUUGUCCAGAGUCGGAGGGCGUGUCGUCGCUGCCGGCCUGGCUGCUCUCGCUGCUGGCGGUGGCCUGUUUCCUGCCGGCGCAGCGGCCGGCGCACGAGUGCGGUAUCCAGCUGAGCGCCGUCUCCACGCUGCUGGACCUGGUGGCGCUGGUCAGCUCGGUGGGCGGCCGGCCCGGCGCCAGCGCCGCCGUGCGGCCCCUGCUCACCGUCCAGCAGCACCGCUGCCUGCUCCAGGACACGGUCGUCACGCAGUUGCUGACGCGGCGCCUCUGGAGGCUACUGUCGCCGGACCGGCCCGACCUUCACCUGCCCUGCGUCGACCUCAUGCAGCUGAUGCUCAGCCUGCUGCCCGCGCAGCUGGUGGAGAACCAGCUGGCCGCCGAGAUGACUCAUGCUGACCUCAGCGUCAGGAUGGACGCGUUCAGCCGGUUUGCCAUCGUGUGGCACCUGAGCCGGGAGGUGUCGGCGCGCCGCCACAUCAGCCGCUCGUUUGACCGCUGCCUGCUGCUGAUGCUGGACAGCCUGCGCGACCCCAGCGGGCCGCUCCACUCUGUGGCGCGCACGUGGCUGACGCACACCCUCCAGCGUGGUGACGUCACCAGGAUCAUGGAGCCGCUGCUGCUGCUGCUGCUGACGCCCAGCACGGCCCGCGUCAGCGUGCAGCACAUUAACGUCAGCGCUGAGCCGCCCGACGCCGGCGACGCUGACGACCUGGGCCGCGUGUACGCCAUCAGCUCCGUUGAGGGUAACGUCAUCUACCACGUGUCGGACGAGGCGUCGCCGGGCCGGCCGGCGCGGCGGCCCGGGGGCGGCCGCAAGACGCGCGCCGGCACCGUCCGGCUGCCCGGGCCGCACGCACUCAGCAGUGCCCUCCUGCAGCCCAUCUCGGUGUUCGUCAACCCGAUCACAGCAGGCGACUCCGACGGCGAGUCUGCAGAGCCGGCGGCGCCGCGCCAUCUGGACCUGUCGUCGGUGCACCGGUUCGUCGGCGAACGGCGCGCCAGCCACGACUCGGCCGACUCGGCGCUGUCCGGCCGGCCCGAGCUCGCUGACUCAGACAAGUCCGGCUCGCUGACGCCGUUCGAGGGUCUGUCACGCCUGUUCGCCGCCCAGGAGGAGAGCGUGGCGGUGGCAGCCGGCAUCGUCGGCGAGAUCGUGGAUGCCGCGCUCGAUAAAUGCAAUCUCAAGGAAACUAAAUGGACAGAUAAGAAAGACGUGGAGCAAAGCCAAGAGAAGCUGAUUCACCCACUGCAUACCUUCAUGCUCCUCUAUUGUCAGGUGUGCGACUCGCGGCGGAUCCUGUACGCGCUGCAGACGCUCCGUUCGGUGAUGGAGACGGACUGUCGGCUGACGCUGUGCAGCUUGGCCACCACCAGCGUCUGCUCCUCCUCCGCGCCGACCGCCGGCAACAGGAGUCACCAGAUCCAGCUGCUGCUGUCGUGUCAUCGGCGCUCGGUGCAGGGCCGGCGGUUCGGCGGCGAGCCGCACCCGGAGGCGCUCACCGCCUACCGCAGCUCCAUGCUGCUCGAAGUGGUCAUGUCGCAGUGCGUGCAGUUCGUUCGCAGCUACUACCCCAAUCUGGAGGCGUCGGCCGUCAGCACCGAGCAGCUGCAGGCCAACAGACAGGUACAAAUAGUCUCAGCCGAGAUCCUGACCUCCAUGUUCUCCGAGCUGGUGACGGUGGUGCGGUCCAGCGGUCGCGGCUUCGCCACCUACCUCGCCGACCUUCUCCAGCGCUGUAAGGUACAGAAGACACUACUUAACUGUCUGCUGUCGACGGUGCACUCGCUGCGCGCCGGGCCCCGCGCGGAGACCACGCUCACCGAGGACAUCAUGGACUUCAACGAGGUGUGGCCGCCGGCGCCGACUGAGGGCGCCGAGGCCGGCCGCCAGGCGGCGUCUCUCAGCUUCACCGAGACGCUGCAGAUUCAGCUCAUCAGGCUGGUGCUGGCGCUGCUCAUCCUCGAGGACCAGACGGACCAGAUGAAGACGGACGUGGAGGCGGCGGCGCAGCCGGCCGGCCGCGUCGCCUCGCCGCCCGCCUCCGAGGCGGCCAAGUUCUACCCGGGACACCCGAUCUCGGCGCAGCCCAUGCUGCUCAACGCCAUCACAGGCGCCCUCAAGCAGGACCACACCCGCCACCUGCACCACCAUUGGCUGUCGUUGGUGACGUCAUCGCUGCCGUUUAUCCGCCGCCCGCUGCCACACAUCGUCACCUCCGUGGUGACUCAAGUCGUGCAGAACGUGGAGCAGCUGGCAGCCCUCUACGAGUCCGAGGACAGGCUGACGACGGGCGCCUGCGUGCCUCCUGACCACAUGGUCUACCUGGUGGAGUCGCUGACCGUCAUCUGUCACUUCUGCAUGAUCGACUCCAGCCAGCAGGCGACGUCGAGCGUGCAGUCGGCGGCCGCUGCCGACGCGCUGCACACCUACUCGGCCGGCACGUCAGCGCCGCAAGUGCUCAGCAACCUGCUGCACGUGUUCACCACGGCCGCGCCGCUGAAGGACGAGGCGAGCCGCGAGCUGACCACCGAGUCGCUGCUGAACGCCCGUCGACUGCUGCUCAACAGCCUGCCGCGCAUCAUGGUGGGCACGGCUGCGCUCUGGCACGCCGUCACUGGCAACGGCGCCAGGGAGUCUGGCUCCUGGAUCCUGGGCGUGCCUCGCGUGGUGAAGCAGCAGGUGCUGGAGCUGCUCUCGCCAAUCUCGCACCACCACCCGGCCAGCUUCGUGGCCGCCGUGGCCGCCGCCUGGCACGAGCGACGACUGCGCGGACAGCAGAAACAGAGUAUCCCGGAGUUCUGCGAGGCGCAGCUGAUCCUGGUGGACCUGGUGUCGUCGAUACGCGUCAUCCCCAUGGACAGCCUGGUGCAGACGGUGCGCUCCGUAGUCCGCCAGCCGCCCAACGUCGUGCCACACAAGGCAUCGCUACCCACGGCGGCGCUGCAGUUCCUGCUGUGUUACCUGCGCUCGGUGGCGGCGCCGCUGCUGGCCGAGUGCUGGGCGUCGCUGCUGCAGCUGCUGCGCGACGCGCCGCAGCUGGCGCCGCCCGCUCAGUUCCUGCUGCUGGCUGUGCUCAACGAGUACGUGCAGCGCGCGCCGCCGCUGCCGGAGAAGAAGGACCAGCGCGACCUGCAGGAUGUGGCUGCCAAGCUGGUGGAGGCGUGCAGCGCCGUGGCCGGCGCCUGCCUGGAGCAGACCACCUGGCUGAGGAGGAACCUGGCGGUGCGCACCGCUCCCGGCGGCUCCGACCGCGACUACGCCGCCAGCCCGGAGCCCGGCAAGCCGCCCAGCAACGGUCACGCCCCGGAGGCGCAGUGGAGCGUGCAGGCGCUGCGGAUCCUGGCCGAGCUUCUGGCGCCGUUGCUGGACGUGCUGUACCAGUCGGACGAGAAGGACCGCGUGCUGCCGCUGCUUCAUGGCGUCAUGUGUCACGUGACACCCUACCUGAAGAACCACAGCCGGGCGAACGCCGCCUCGUUCCUGGCGUGCUCGCAGCUGCUGGCGGCCCUCUCCGAGUACCAGUACUCGCGCCGAGCCUGGCGCCGCGAGGCCUUCGACCUGCUGCUCGAGCCGGCCUUCUUCAGCAUGCAGGAGCAGUGCCUGCCCUUCUGGCGCACCACCAUCGACAACAUGAUGACGCACGACAAGACCACAUUCAAGGAGCUGCUCGCGCGCGUGGUGGUCUCGCAGCCGGGCACGCUCAACCUGUUCUCGUCUCGCGAGGCCGAGUACGAGCUGCGCGCCCAGCUGCUGAAGCGGCUGGCGUUCGUGGUGUUCUGCUCAGACGAGGACCAGUACCAGCCGCAUCUGCCCGAGAUCCAGGAGAAGCUGGCGGAGAGCCUGCGGCUGCCGCAGGUGGCGCCCUCCAUCCAGUCGGCGGUGCUGCUCUGUUUCCGCGUGCUGCUGCUGCGCAUGUCGCAGCGGCACGUGGUCUCGCUCUGGCCGUCCAUCAUCACCGAGAUGGUGCAGGUGUUCCUGCAGAUGGAGCACCAGCUUAGCAUGGAGACCGAGGAGUUCAGUCAGCACAUCAAGCGUAUGUCGGCGCUUGACUCGUCGUGGGUGCUGAACAGCACCAACGGUCUGGCGGCCAACAGUCACCCGGGCUGGCUGCAGCUGCACCUGGAGGCCUGCAAGCUGCUCGACAUGUGCCUGACGCUGCCGGCGCAUCGGUUACCGCAGUUCCAGAUGUACCGGUGGGCGUUCGUCGGCUCCGGCGGCCAGCAGCCAGCGCCGGCCGCCUCCGAGGCCAAGGACCAGCUGCUGCCGCGCGACUUCGUGCCGCACGUGACCCGGCUCACCCACCUCGUGCUGGACAAGUGCCGUGGCUCGCCGCCGGCGCCGCUGCAGGGAGCGGGCGGCUCAGGUGAAGCCAGCGGGGCUCGCAGUGUCGACCACCGCUGCCAGGAGCGGGCGACUCAGGUGACGCCAGCGGGGGCUCGCAGUGUCGACCACCGCUGCCUGGAGCGGGCGGCUCAGGUGUCGCCAGCGGUGUACGACAUAUCGCAGUCGUAG